GUCAUGGGCCGAGUAAAAGAAUAUAUAUACUGAAAAUCGAGCGAAAGAAGUAUCCUUGUCACCAAGUUCGUCAAGUCCACCGCCAUCGAAGGAAAAAGCGAGAUAUUGGAAUGAUGAAUUUUUCUGGGGAAAAAUCAUCAAAGUCGCCAACGUCAUCGAAAUAUCAUUCAUAAAGUAUAAACAUUAAUAAACUCGCGAACAAAGAAAAUACGUAGAAAGACGCGAUAAAACGCGUCACGACACAUUCGCAAUUCUUAGAAAGAGGGGGAGGAGUUAUUCCCUCUUCGAUUCUAGAAGUAUUACCAUAUAGUUUACAAUUUACGCGGGUACGAUCAUGAUACCCGAAUCUUGCGAUACCCGGUUGUACGAACGGUUGAAAAAUGUACUUCACCAAAGAGAGCAGUGCAUCGAAACGAAGAAGGACUGCAGUAACAUCAUGGAGCAUCGCGCGGUGCGUUUACUGAACAGACGUUAUGAUCUGAUGACUACGGGUACAAGUAUUUAUGAAAUAUAUAUACUGGAAUCAAUGUUGAUCCACCGAAUUACGUGGAGAUCGCUCUGGGAGAUAGCGGAUACGAACUGUCUCUCGAAACGAGUAAGGGCUUCUACGAGCAACGAUGGAAUUUACAAAAUGCUUCGAAACGAAUACAAAGACAAUUUUAUAAACGUUGGGCCGCUAAUCGUCAGAGUUUGCACGCUGAACGAUGUUGCACACAUCUCGAUGUCUCGAUUCUUCAUCCGUAUGCAUGACGAUGACCGAAACGCUAUGCCAUAUGUUUCAAUUUGACGGGUAUAUUGAUGUAACAUUCAAUUAGCCCGACUCGUUGAUGUCAAGUAUAUGCGAUUCUCCAACAUCGCGUUCAUAGAUGCUAUACGUGAUAAUGACAUCUUCAAUGGAUAUCAGCUCGUCGAGCUAUUAACUUUAGGUUUUAA